AUGAAGUGUUUCAUAUUUACCGUUUUAUUGAUCACAGUGGGAAUCCUUGCAACAAUACAAGUUCAAGGUGCUAGUCCUGGUACUCCUGGAGCACCAGGUAGUCCAGGUUGCCCUGGUGGAGCAGGAGGGGCAGGUGGCCCAGGAGGUUCUGGUGGCCCAGGAGGCGGUGGAGGUCAUGGAGGCGGUGGUGGUCGGGGAGGCGAUGGUACUCCAAAUGGUAGUCCUGGUUCUCCUGGCCCACCAGGCAGUCCAGGUAGUUCAGGUAGCCCUGUUGGUCCAGGAGGCGCCGGGGUCCAAUAG